CCCCCCCCAAUCCCGUGUGGUGUCUUAUUCCUAGUUCAGACAAAGCCAAUAUCCUGCUUGAGCAGCGCUGCCCCCACCAGCAUUGCACAUGUUGGGUUAUUUUGGCCAAUCUCGUGGUGUUUGUUUUUUUUUCCUCUCUCUGCAGUUGAAGAAAUCAUGGCACUGUACAUGGGUAUAUUCACUCUUUGCCUAACAGCUGUUUUUGCUGCACCUGCACUAGACCCGGACUUGGAUAACCACUGGCAGUUAUGGAAAACAUGGCAUGCAAAGUCAUAUGUCCCAAAAGAAGAAGGCUGGAGGAGAAUGCUCUGGGAGAAGAACCUGAAGAUGAUUGAAAUGCAUAACCUUGACCACUCACUGGGAAAACAUAGUUACAGACUCGGGAUGAAUCAUUUUGGAGACAUGACCAAUGAAGAGUUCAGACAGCUGAUGAAUGGCUACCGCAAGAAGGCUGCACCAAAAAUAAGAGGAUCAAAUUUCAUGGCACCCAAUAAUUUCCAAGCACCAAAAUCAGUGGAUUGGCGUUCAGAAGGUUACGUGACUCCUGUUAAAGACCAGGGACAGUGUGGGUCAUGCUGGGCAUUUAGCUCUACAGGGGCACUCGAAGGGCAGCACUUCAGGAAGACUGGAAAGCUGGUUUCUCUAAGUGAACAAAAUCUUGUUGACUGCUCUAAGCCAGAAGGAAAUGAGGGUUGUAAUGGAGGAUUAAUGGAUCAAGCAUUUCAAUAUGUUCUGGACAACCAUGGCAUUGAUUCAGAGGAGUCUUAUCCAUACAUUGCUAAGGAUGACCAAGAUUGCAAGUACAACGCAGACUACAAUUCUGCAAAUGAUACUGGUUUUAUGGAUGUUACUAGCGGGAGUGAGAAGGACUUGAUGAAAGCCGUGGCUUCAGUUGGCCCUGUUUCUGUUGCUAUUGAUGCUGGUCACCAGUCAUUCCAGUUUUAUCAAUCUGGUAUCUACUAUGAGCCUGCAUGCAGCAGUGAGGAACUGGAUCAUGGUGUUCUAGUUGUGGGAUAUGGAUUUGAAGGUGAAGAUGAGGAUGGGAAAAAAUUCUGGAUUGUCAAAAACAGUUGGAGUGAAAAAUGGGGUGAAAAUGGGUACGUCAAAAUGGCCAAAGACAGGAAGAACCACUGUGGUAUAGCAACAGCUUCCAGCUACCCACUAGUCUAAUGAACACUAAGGAUUUUAAUUUAAACUGACCUGAUAUGAGACUACUUCAGAAUCAUUUUUACAGCAUGGACUUGGUUUUAUUAAGCUGGAACACUCCACUUUUUAUAUGGAGUCUCAGAGCAUUGGAACUGGUCUUAGUAUUUACAAGUUGAUUUUUAAUGUGGAUUUUUUUUUUUUUUAUGUGAAUAAUUCUUGUUUUUAUAUUGUAAAAUAAAAAUAUUACCCUUAA